CGCGGGCGGCGCAGGCGCGCAGGAGGCGCCGGGGCUGCGGCGCGGCCUGGGCGAAUUUGCGGCGUUUUGGGAAGAAGUUCGGGCUCUGCUCGAGUGUUCGGCCGGAUCCUGGAAAACACUGAAAUGGCGCCCGUAAAACCAGCGAAAUCCUCUCUUGUUGUGCCCCCCGCGGAUCUGCGCCUGGAGUAACUUUCUGUGCGGGUUUGGGACCUGGAGCGGGGUGAAAAUGCCUGAGAUCAAAGUCACCCCCUUGGGUGCUGGGCAGGACGUGGGCAGGAGCUGCAUCCUGGUGUCCAUCGCAGGCAAGAACGUGAUGCUGGACUGUGGCAUGCACAUGGGCUACAACGACGACAGGCGCUUCCCUGACUUCUCCUACAUCACCCAGAAUGGAAGGCUGACUGAUUUCCUGGACUGUGUCAUCAUCAGCCACUUCCACCUGGACCACUGUGGGGCCCUGCCCUAUUUCAGUGAGAUGGUUGGCUACGAUGGCCCCAUCUACAUGACCCACCCCACCAAGGCCAUCUGCCCCAUCCUGCUGGAGGACUACAGGAAGAUCACCGUGGACAAGAAAGGGGAAACCAACUUCUUCACCUCGCAGAUGAUCAAGGACUGCAUGAAGAAGGUGGUGGCCGUGCACCUCCACCAGACAGUGCAGGUGGAUGAGGAGCUGGAGAUCAAGGCUUACUACGCUGGCCACGUGCUGGGAGCUGCCAUGUUCCAAAUCAGGGUGGGCUGCGAGUCCGUGGUGUACACUGGUGAUUAUAACAUGACUCCAGACAGACACCUGGGGGCAGCCUGGCUGGACAAGUGCCGGCCCGACCUGCUGAUCAGCGAGUCCACGUACGCCACCACCAUCCGCGACUCCAAGCGCUGCCGCGAGAGAGACUUCCUGAAGAAGGUGCACGAGACCGUGGAGAGGGGAGGCAAGGUGCUGAUCCCGGUGUUCGCCCUGGGCCGGGCACAGGAGCUCUGCAUCCUGCUGGAGACCUUCUGGGAGAGGAUGAACCUGAAGGCUCCCAUUUAUUUCUCCACGGGGCUGACGGAGAAGGCGAACCACUACUACAAACUGUUCAUCACCUGGACCAACCAGAAGAUCCGGAAAACCUUCGUGCAGAGGAACAUGUUCGAGUUCAAGCACAUCAAAGCCUUCGACAGAGCCUUCGCCGACAACCCCGGGCCCAUGGUGGUGUUUGCGACCCCGGGGAUGCUCCACGCGGGGCAGUCCCUGCAGAUCUUCAGGAAAUGGGCAGGGAAUGAGAAGAACAUGGUGAUCAUGCCUGGCUACUGUGUCCAGGGCACCGUGGGCCACAAGAUCCUCAGCGGGCAGAGGAAGCUGGAGAUGGAAGGAAGACAGAUUCUGGAGGUGAAGAUGCAGGUGGAGUACAUGUCCUUCAGCGCCCACGCCGACGCCAAGGGCAUCAUGCAGCUGAUCCGGCAGGCCGAGCCCCGCAACGUGCUGCUGGUGCACGGCGAGGCCAAGAAAAUGGAAUUCCUGCGGCAGAAGAUCGAGCAGGAGUUCCAUGUCAGCUGCUUCAUGCCGGCCAACGGAGAGACCAGCACCAUCGUGACCAACCCCUGCAUCCCCGUGGACAUCUCCCUGGGGCUGCUCAAGAGGGAGGCAGCCACAGGCGCUGCCCCUGAUGCCAAGAAGCCCCGGCUGAUGCACGGCACGCUGCUCAUGAAGGACAACAGUUUCAGGCUGGUUUCCCCCGAGCAGGCCCUGAAGGAGCUGGGGCUGGCCGAGCAUCAGCUGCGCUUCACCUGCCGCGUGCACAUCCAGGACCCGCGCAAGGAGCACGAGACCGUGCUCAGGGUCUACAACCACCUCAAGGGGGUCCUGAAGGAUUACUCCGUGCAGCACCUCCCUGACGGCUCCAUCACGGUGGAGUCCAUCCUGAUCCAGGCCACGGCUCACUCCGAGGACCAGGGCACCAAGGUCCUGCUGGUCUCCUGGACGUACCAGGAUGAAGAGCUCGGCAGUUUCCUCACGUCCCUGCUGAAGAAGGGGCUGCCCCAGAGCCCCCCCUGAGCCCGGCCCUCCCCAGGCAGAGGGAUUGGAUUGGAUUUAUUCUGGCAUGGCUUCUUCUGCUGGAAAAACCUGCUUUGACACAGAUCUGAGGAGCAAGUUUGGAGUUUUUAAAAUUAAUAAAAUCUGAAAAAAGCUGAAAAAAAAA